UCGGCUUCAGGAUCCAGUUCAAACACUGCUUACUAUUGUACGCUUGCCAAUCCAUUUACUUGGGUCACACCGGUCGGUGAAUCUGCAGAACUUUCAGUGGUCACAUCUUCAUCCUGUCCAACCACUACCACAUACCACCAAGUGAGAAAUUCAGAUGAAGCCUUCGAGUUGAAUCAGCUGUUUGAGCCGGAUGACAUCACCCAACUCAAUCGUGGUUCGGAAUCGUCGCAAACGGUUGAAUACCACAAUAUGGUCAAUUGCUCGGAUCAAUAUGGUCUGAAUGAGAAGAUCGAGGUGAUUGAGUUGGACGCAAGUCAAUUUGAAUCCGAACUAACGGACCCAGCUCCAAAUCACGCAGAACUCUCCGAAAUGGUUGCAGAAUCCGAAGAGCAAAGAACGAACAAAUCUAUUCGCAGGGUGGUGGACGCAUUUGAAUCUGCUCUGGAAAACGAAUCACUUGAUCAAGCUGAUUCUCAAUCAGAGUUAGUCGAUUUGGGCUCAAAAGAGUCCCCUGAUUCGUCCCCAUUGGAUAUACCUGUGCACUCUCAAAUGGAUGAUGACCCUAACACCGAACCAACUUCGAAUGAGCCUACAGUCGAAAACCCUCAUGCUCAAACAGUUAUUGAGGUAGUACCAUCAACAUUUUCGCCAUCUGCACAGCUGUCCCUCACAGACUCGGAUCAUUUGAAUAAAAUCGUAAUUUGUUCGGUCCGAGGUAGCUUGCAAACACCACCAGUAGAAAUUAGCGACUCACGAAACGACCCAAACUCCAAUGCUUUGCAGGAGCGUUCUUCGGCGGAGAUCAACGAUUUCCAAUUGUCCCAUUGA